AGACAUACAAAAAGUGCACACGGUGAUUAAAUAAGCUAUAACACUUUUUUUGAUUGUUAGCGGUAAUAAUUUAAAGACAACGCCCUGCUGUAACUGUAGCUAAACGGCUAACUAACUGUGGCUGUCAGUUAAUGUUAUUGUCCCGGCAACAGUCAGUAUCCCUCAACUUCAGACCUCAGAGACACCCUCCCUCUAAUCAUAUUGGUCAAAGACAGACACAGGAACCUCCCCCUGAACUGGAGCCAAAAUCAUGCACAUGAACACAACAGACUCUGAACUCCAAAGUACCACUUCCAUCUCUCGGACACCUGCCCAUAGAUUCACUCUCCUUUGGCAAUGUGGUGCAGUCGUAUGGCACUGCGUCGGCUCCAGCAGGUCGCUGUUAAUUCUUUGAAUAUCACUGGGGGACUAACAAGCAUCAUGCAGAGGAAGAUGUCAACCCUGCCACGGGUAUAUGUCACCCGACAGAUCCCCCCUGAGGGCCUGAAGAUCCUCCGUGAAUCUGGACAGGUGCAGUUUGAGCUGUGGGACUCAGAUGACAUCCCUGUGCCCAGGAAGGAGCUGCUUCAGAAGGUCAAAGGUGUUGAUGGCCUGGUCUGUGUGCUGACAGAGAAGAUUGAUGCUGAAUUGUUGGACGCUGCAGGUCCAAACCUGAAGGUCCUCAGCACCAUGUCUGUGGGUUUUGACCAUCUCACUUUGGAGGAGCUGAAGAAAAGAGGGAUCCGUGUGGGUUAUACCCCUGACGUUCUGACAGAUGCUGUGGCUGAGCUGACUGUGGCUCUGCUGCUCACAACCUCCAGGAGGCUCAUAGAGGCCACACAUGAAGCCAAGACUGGUGGCUGGGGCACAUGGAGAACUCUGUGGCUGUGUGGACAUGAGCUGGCUAACAGCACAGUGGGUAUCCUGGGCCUGGGGAGGAUCGGUGUGGCUAUCGCUGAGCGUCUGGCACCUUUUAAAGUAAAAAAGUUCAUCUACACAGACACAGCCCCCAGGCCUGAUCUGGCCAGCACCAUCAAUGCAGAGUAUGUCUCAAUGGAUGAGCUGGCAAAGCAGUCAGAUUUCCUGGCUGUGUGCUGUGCUUUAACACCAGAGACAAAGGAGAUCUGCAACAAGGACCUCUUCCACAAGAUGAAAAAGACCUCCAUCUUCAUCAACACAAGCAGAGGUGGGGUGGUAAACCAGGAAGACUUGUAUGAGGCUCUAUCCACUGGACAGAUUGCAGGCGCCGGACUAGAUGUCACUGUCCCCGAGCCCCUGCCCACCAGCCAUCCACUGUUUACCCUCAAAAACUGUGUGAUUCUACCCCAUAUUGCUAGUGCCUCCUAUACUACCCGUAAUGCUAUGUCUGCCCUGGCAGCAAACAACCUCCUGCUUGGCCUGCAGGGUAAACCAAUGAUCAAAGAGCUCAAGCUGUGAGAGAAAACUGGCUGAAUACUGGACCAUCAGUUGAACUCACACACCAAAUUGCUUUUCUUUGGGGAUUGAGAUAAAACUUUUCUUUUUUAAUGGUAUGUUUCCUUAUUUCCUUUAUUUCUGACUCUUCAGUCAACUCAAC